UAAAACUGAUUCAUAUGUUUCGUGUUAUAUCCGCAAUGUCGGAGUUACGUGUUCCACAAAUCGUAAAAAUUUUACUUGAAGAUGACACCUUAUUACAAGAUUGGGUAGUUUUUGCUGAAAUUCUAGAAGCCCCCUCCCAUCGAAUUACCUCACUUAGAAAGCAACGCAAUUUAAGUAUUCUAACAUAUCAUGAACUUUUGAGAGAAUUAUUGUUAGACUGGAGUUCAAGAUUAGGAAAAGUGGCGACAAUAUCUCUUCUUGUGAAUCUUUUGAAAGAGAAUCACUUUGUUCAGUCCAGUGAAAAAUUGGAAGAUUUGCAAACCAUUAGUGGAAACAAUUGCAUAUCAUCAUCUUUCGUUAAUCAGAAUGCGAUCAACUGGGAUAAACAAGUCCUCUUCGGAGUUCAACAUCCUGUCCGCAGCUUUGUCGGGAGGGAGAAGGAGCUUAAAGAACUUGACGAUCUCUUAACUGAUGGAAUUAGCCCACUCGCCGUAAUCUCUGGACUUGGAGGAAUGGGAAAGUCUGAGCUUGUAAAGAAAUUCGUCAUGAUCACUUCCCCAGAACGGAUCCGCGUGGCAAAUUGGGUAAAUGGGGACGCUUUUGAAACGCUGAUAUCAUCCAUUGAAGAAUUUGCCAAGUUCCUUCACCUCCCAAUAACCGAUCCCUGGACGAAAAAGGUUUUAUCGCCUAUCGCCCUCCUUGAGAAUAUCGUUACUCUCGUUAAACCCCACGUGGAGAGCACUUCAGGAUUCUGGCUCUUUAUAAUCGACAACGUUGACAAUGUGUACCAGGAGAUUGAAUUGAUUGUCAAAUUGCUUCUCCCCUUUAGACAGUGCUUCAUAAUCAUCACGUCGCGAAGAAGGGACAUCUUCCUCGGAGAAUCCGAAUUUAUCGGUCUGCAAGAACUCGGAGAUGCAGAUGCGGUUAAAUUUGUCAAUAAAUCAAUCAGAAUCCCACAACUUGACGAUGACGUGAAAAAAUUAUGUAAAGUUUUGCAAAACUUUCCCCUCGCUCUUAGUCAAGCCGUAGCAUUUAUUAAGCAACAACAACGCAUCUCUCUCCAAGGGGAAGGCUACCGGAUUUCGCACUAUUUGGCAGAAUAUAACACAAAAGGGAAACAACUGCUCAGCCAGAAGUUGCAACUUUCUGAUUAUGAAAAUACAACACUUAUCGCAUUAAACGUGACGAUCGAAAAGAUGCGAAAAGACCACGGUCGCUGCGGUAACAUUGCGUACUAUCUGCUUGAACUUGUAUCUCUCUUAAAUCCUGACGGUAUCACAGUUAAACAUUUGGAGAAUUUACUACUACAAAUUUUACCCGUUGAUUUGUACCAAGCAAUCAAACAGGACAACGAAAUGACUCCGGUCGUCCAGCUCCUCGUGAUUUAUUCGUUAGUGAAAGUAAACAAUUUCGUGGUCACGAUCCACCGCAUGGUUCAGAAAGUUACGCGAGUUCGAACCCAGGAAGAAGAAAACGGUGUCCCACCAGUUCAGCUAAAUACAAGAGAAACUAAAAUCUUAAACGACCUUUUGAUCCAUGUGAAUCCAAAAGUGAACAAAAACACGAAAUCAGAAAUGAUCCACAUUCUCAGUAUUAUGUAUCACACGGGUAAAUACGUUUACCUGGUUAGGACGUAUUCUACAAUUCCGAACAAGGUUUACAAUCAGUUAGUCAUCCUCUCCAUGUUUCGAGAGGGUUACGAAUUUGCUGUGAAAUUUUUCACCCUGCUACAAAAUACGAUGGGGGAGCAUAGUUUCGAUACGCUCGCAAUGCAGCAUACGAUUGCCAGGUCGCUCGAGCAUGUCGGAGAGUGGGACAAGUCCUCUCAAACUUAUGAACAAGUUUAUCACAAAAUGGUCAAGUAUUUGGGGAAGCGUCACGAAGAAACUUUGGUAGCAGGAAGUAACUUUAGCUUCCUUUUGUGGAGUUUGGACAAGUUUGAGGAAUCAUUCGCCUUGGCGAAAUUAAUUCAUAAAGAACGUUGUAAAAUUUAUGAGCCAGGGAAUGAAAACAUUAUCACCUCAAACAAAGGGAUGGCCAUGGGACUUCAGUCUUUGGGAAGGCAUGAUGAAGCCAGAUCCCUUUAUGAAGAUGUACUCAAGUGGGAAAUUUCUGUUAAGGGGGAAUUUUCUCCCAGAGCGGUUGCAACGCGACAUAAUUUAGCAUACGGACAAUUUCUCCAGGGUAACUAUGUAGGAUCAAGGAAACAAUUUGAGACCAUAGUCAAGGAGCAAGGGGAGGUUAUGGGCGAAAUGCAUUUGUCAACGGCGACGUCAAAGUAUUGGUUGGCACUUAAUUUGAGUGAGUUGGGGGAACAGGAGGAGGCCUUGAACCUAAUGGAAGAGGUUGUAAAGGUGAGAGAGAAAGGGUUGGGGGACAAACAUCCGUACACGGUAAAAGCGGUGGACGCUAUUGCAAAAAUUAAAGCAAAAUUAUGUGAGGAAAUUGAAUUAAAUAAUAAUAAUUAAUUAAAUAGAUAAAUAUAUGCAUGUAUUUGUGUGUACAUGAGUCGCAUACUUGUGCAAAGGUUUAAAUAUUAUGUAACAAAAUUAUUAACAAGUAAUUAUUUUAAGUAUUUCCAAAUAAAAUUAUAUGAAGUAACUAAUCCUUAGUUUGA